AUGGGCGCUAUAGGGGAUGAGGGGGUGCCCUAUAGGGGCUAUAGGAAUGGAGGGGUCCUCUGCGGGAGCCGCGGGCGGCGGCACCGGCGGGGCGGGGAUGGCGCGCGGGGGCCGCCGGUGCCCACCGGGACUGCCGGGACCGUGUCCGGGGCUGCUACCGGGACCACCGGAGCCGUUCCUGUGGCUACCGGGGCUCUGCCCGUGGCUAAAGGCGAUGUUCCUGCGCCUCCCGGGUCUACCGGGGCUGUCCCGGUGUCUACCGGGGCUACCGGGACUCUACCGGUGGCUACUGUCGGUGUCCUUGUGGCUACCGGGACUGUGCCGGUGCCUACCGGAGUUACCGGAGCUCUGCCGGUGGUUACCGGGGCCGUUCCUGUGGCUGCCGGGGCUCUGCUCGGGGCUACCGGGACUCUACCGGUGGUUACCGGGACUCUACAAGUGGCUGCUGUCGGUGUCCCUGUGGUUACCGGCACUGUGCCCGGUGUUACCGGCGCUGUCCCCGGGGCUGCCGGGACUGUGCCGGUGUUACCGGCGCUGUUCCUGGCGUUACCGGCGGCCGCCGCCUUCAACCUGGACGGGGCCAGCCCGGUGCUCAAGGACGGGGACCGGGGCAGCCUCUUCGGAGCGGCCGUGGCGCUGCACCGGCAGCUGAGCCCCGAGCCCCGGGCGUGGCUGCUCGUGGGUGCCCCCCGGGCGCGGGCACUGCCCGGCCAGGCCGCCAACAUCAGCGGGGCUCUGUUCGCCUGCCCGCUGAGCGCCGAGCCCGCCGACUGCUGGAGGGUCCCCAUCGAUGGCGGAGAGGAUCCGCAGCGAGAGAGCAAAGAGAACCAAUGGCUGGGGGUCAGCGUCCAGAGCCGGCCCGGCGGCAAGGUCGUGACCUGCGCGCACCGGUACGAGGUGCGGCACCGCGUGCGGCAGCCGCUGGAGACGCGGGACGUGAUCGGGCGCUGCUUCGUGCUGAGCCAGGACCUGCGGGAGCGCGACGAGCUGGACGGCGGCGAGUGGAAAUUCUGCGAGGGGCGAGCGCCGGGCCACGAACGGUUCGGCUUCUGCCAGCAGGGCCUGGCGGCCGCCUAGCCCGACCGGCGCUACGUGCUGCUGGGGGCUCCGGGGACCUACAACUGGAAGGGCACGGUGCGCCUGGAGCGGCUCCAGCAGAGCUCCCUGGACCUGCUGCGCCCGGACGCCGGCCCGUUCGAAGCGGGGGGGGAGAAGGAGCAGGACCCGUCCCUGAUCCCCGUGCCCGCCAACAGCUACCUGGGGCUGCUCUUUGUGACAAACAUUGAGAGCGCCGCCCCCGACCUGAGGGUGUUCCGGACCCCCGAGCCCGGAGAGAGGGUGCCCGGCGCGGCCGCGGACGUGGGGCACAAUUCCUACCUGGGUUUCUCGGUGGCCGCGGCCCCGGCCCUGACCCGGCCGCACGCUCUGAGUUUCGUGUCGGGCGCGCCGCGGGCCAACCACAGCGGGGCGGUGCUGCUGCUGCGGGCGGACAGCGCCAACCGCCUGGUGCCCGAGGCCGCGCUGCGCGGGGAGCAGCUGAGCUCCGCCUUCGGCCACGCGCUGGCCCUGCUCGACCUCAACAGCGACGGCUGGACGGACCUGGCCGUGGGCGCCCCCCACUUUUUCGAGCGGCACGAGGAGCUGGGGGGGGCCGUGUACGUUUACAUCAACCCGGGGGGGCUCUGGGGCGGCGCGACCCCCGAGCGCCUGAGCGGCCCCCGCGGCUCCGCCUUCGGCAGCGCGCUCUGCUCGGCCGGGGACCUGGACCGGGACGGCUUCGAGGACCUGGCCGUGGGUGCCCCUUUUGACGGCGCGGGCAAGGUGUUCAUUUACCACGGCAGCGCCCUGGGCAUCGUCACCCGCCCGGCGCAGGUGCUGGACGGGGAGGCCGUGGGGGUCUCGGCCUUUGGCUACUCGCUCUCGGGGGGGCUGGACGUGGAUGGGAACCUGUACCCCGACCUGCUGGUGGGCUCCCUGUCGGACACCGUGGUGCUCUACAGGGCGCGGCCGGUGGUUCACGUGUCCCGGGACGUGUCGGUGCUGCCGCCGCUCAUCGACCUGGAGCAGAGCAACUGCCGCGACGGGCCCGGCGUGUGCCUGGAGCUCCGGGCGUGUUUCAGCUUCAGCGAGAGCCCGGGCAGGGAGAGCGGCCCCGCCCCGCUGGAGCUGCUGCUGGCGCUGGAGGCGGACUCGGAGCGGCGCCUGCGGGGGCAGCAGCCCCGGGGCUCCUUCCUGGAGCGGGGCCCGGCCGAGCCCGAGCACCGGAUCCGGGCCCGGCUGCGACUGCCCCGGCCGCGGGAGCGGCGCUGCGUGCCCGCCACCUUCCGCCUGCACGACGACAUCCGGGACAAGCUCCGCCCCAUCGCUGUCACUCUGUCCUUCUCCAUCGCGGGGACAUCGCGGGGGCGCCGGGGGACACGGGGGACACGGGGGACACGGGGGACACGGGGGACGAUGGCGCUGCCCCCGCUGGAGCCGGCGCUGAGCCCGCGGCAGCCCAGCACGCUGCGCACCGAGGUGCAUUUCCUGCGCCAGGGCUGCGGCGAUGACCGGGUCUGCCAGAGCCACCUGGAGCUGCGGCCGCGCUUCUGCGCCCGCCUUGGGGACAGCGACUUCCUGGCCCUGCCCCGGGACGAGGACGGCGCUGCCAUCCUGGCCAUCGGUGACCAGAAGGACGUGGCCCUGGAGCUGCAGGUGACCAACGAGCCCUCGGACCCCGCGCAGCCGGACAGGGACGGGGACGACGCCCACCAGGCCCUGCUGGUGGCAUCGCUGCCCCCCCGAGCUGCCCUACGCUGCCAUCCGGGCCGAGGAGAGCGCGGGUUGGGGUCACUCCGGGGUCACUCCUGGGGUCACUCUGUGGUCACUCUGGGGGUUCUGUGCUUGGCCAACCCCAACGGCUCCAGGGUGGAGUGCGAGCUGGGGAACCCCCUCAAACGGGGUCCCCAGGUGCGCUUCUUCCUCAUCCUCAGCACCUCGGGCGUCUCCAUCCACACCUCGGAGCUGGAGGUGCUGCUGGAGCUCAACACGACCAGCGAGCAGCCGGGGCUGGAGCCGGUGGUUGCCCGCGCCCGCGUGGUCAUCGAGCUGCCCCUGGCCGUGAGCGGCGUGGCCGUGCCCCCCCGGCUGUUCUUUGGGGGGCAGGUGCUGGGGGAGAGCGCGGUGAAGAGGGAGAGCCAGGUGGGCAGCGCCGUCCGCUUCGAGGUCACGGUGUCGCAGCGGGGGCCGGUGCUCCGCAGCCCCGGCGCUGCCGCCCUGACGGUGCAGUGGCCGCUGGAGCUGCCCAACGGGAAGUGGCUCCUGUACCCGCUGAGCCUGGAGCUGGGCACCCCCCCCGUGCCCUGCAGCCCCCCGGGCAACCCCCUGCGCCUCGCCCUGGAGCCGCCGGGCCGGGAGGAGCCCCCUGAGGAGGCCCCGGCCCGCUCGUGGUGGGUGCCCGCGGGGAGGAAGAGGAGGAACGUGACCCUGGACUGUGCCCGGGGCACGGCUCGGUGCCGCCCGUUCCGGUGCCCGCUGCCGUCGCUGGAGCGCUCGGAACUGCGGGCGCGGGGGCGCCUCUGGAACGGGACCUUCCUGGAGGAGUUCCUGGACGUGGAGAACCUGGAGCUGAUCGUGCGCGCCGAGGUCUCGGUGUCCUCCCCCCGCGGCAACGUCGUCAUCAGGGACGCGGUGGCACAGAUGUCGGUGUCCCUGCACCUGGACCCGGGCGUGGCCGUGGCCGCCGUGCCCUGGUGGGUGCUGCCGCUGGCGGUGCUGCUGGGGCUGCUGCUGCUGGCGCUGCUCGUGCUGGGGCUCUGGAAGCUGGGUUUUUUCCGGCGGGCGGCAGCAGCCCCGCCCCCGGCCGUGCCGCGGUUCCGGGCCGUGCGCAUCCCGCGGGAGCAGCGGCCCCAGGCCCGCGAGGGCCACACCGGAACCAUCCUGCGGCCACAGUGGGCGGCCGGACCCACGGACAGGGACGGCGACGGCGCCGCGCCCGGACCCGCCUGACGGACAUGGCAUGGACAGACGGACGCAGCACGGACACAGGGAUGGACACGGGAUGGACAUGGGAGGGACCCACGGACAGGGACGGCGACAGCGCCACGCCCGGACCCGCCUGAUGGACGUGGCGUGGACAGACGGACGCGGCGCGGAUGGACAGACGGACACCCACGGACAGACGGACACGGCGCGGAUGGACAGAUGGGCACGGCUGGAGGGACGGGCGUGGCCGGAUAGACAGACACGGCCGGACAGACGGACACGGCGCAGGUGGACAGAUGGACACAUCACGGACAGACAGACAUGGGACGGAUGGACACAGCAUGGAUGGACAGAUGGACACAGCUGGACAGACGGACACGGCACAGGUGGACAGAUGGACACAGCACAGACACGGGGAUGGACACGGCAUGGACAGAUAGAGACAGCUGGACAGACAGACACGGCACGGAUGGACAGAUGGACACGGUGUGGACACGGGGAUAGACACAGCUGGACAGACGGACAUGGGAGGGACAGGGAUGGGGACAGCACUGCGCCAGGACCCGCCCGACCAACACCGACAGACAGAUGGACACGGCACAGACACAUGGACACAGCACAGAUGGAUAUGGAUAGACAGAUGGACAUGGGGAUGGACAUGGCAUGAGCACAGCAUGGACAAAUGGACACAGGGAUGGACAGGGGACAUGGACAGAUGGACACGGGGACAGACACAGCUGGACAGAUGGACGUGGGAUGGACAUAGGACAGGGAUGGGCUGCAGACACCUGGACCCACAUGAGGGACAUCUGGGGUGGACACAGGGUGGACUCAGGACAUGGGAUAAGGGACACCGGACAGGGGACACGGACACAGGACCGGGACGGUCGCUGGCUGUGCCCUGGGAAGGCCCCAGGAGGCCCCACCAUGUCCUGGAGCCCCCAGGACGGGCAGUGGCCGGACAGAGCCACGGCCCCAGGGGUCAGUUUGGCCCCAGGGGUCACUUUGUCUCCAUGGGUCACUUUUUGUCCCCAAUAAAAUGCGCUGACCCCA